GCUAAUUCGCCACCAGUGGCGUCAGUCGCCGCCCACAGCUCGCAUUACAGCUCAGACCGUUGGCGAAGGGCUGGACCUGUUGCUGCCGUGCUCGUCAGAGCUAUUUGUGGAUUGGUUACCGUCCAUGGCUGCUCACGGCGCGGGAGGUCAUGUUCCUCGCCCUGGCCACACAACUGCAUACAGCCUCUGA